CAAUUACACUAUCCCCAAACCUCAAGCUCAUCCAAGACGACAAGAUGGUCAACGCUCCCGCCGCAACUCCCUCUGCGACUUACCGGAUAGAAACCCUCCUCCCCGACUCAUCGCGAGUGAGGGACGCCGCCCAAAUCCAAUUAGCCGCUUUCGACCCGUUCGUCGAGUACCAGUCCGUCAUCGAACCCUUACCUCGGGCUCCUAUGGACGUACGGCUGGACAGGUUGGAGUUCCGGAUCAAUGAGAAACUACGAGCCAAAUCCAACAUCAAAUCCAUAUCCAUAUCCGGAGAGGGCGAGAACGGGGGUGGUAGUAGUCAUCUAGGCUACGUAGCCAUCAACGAACAAACGGGGGAGACGGUGGGCAUGUCAUACUGGAUGAGACCUGGCCGAUCGCACAAGUUACCCAACAAGGAUCUUUCUGCUGGGAAGAUGACUGAGGAGCAAAAGGACGCUUGGGAAGGCUGGGAUGCGGAGAGGUAUGGGAAGCUAUACGAAGCUUUUCAGGGGAAGAUGAGUGCGGUCCUGAGCGAACGUGGGGAGGAAGAGGGGUGUUGGUACUUGGAGAUCCUCGCCAUCCACCCUUCUUACCAAGGUCUCCGUCUAGGCCCUAAACUGCUCGACCACCACCUCGCCCAGAUCGACCACCCGGAUAACAUCGACGUCCAGAACGCACCGGCUUAUCUGGAAUCCUCCCCGCCUGCAAAGAGGCUGUAUACCAGUCGAGGGUUCGAGGAUGUCGGGGAUGUCACCGCGGAAGGGUGGGAGGACGCUUUUCCCGCCAUGUUCAGGCCGAGGCAGACGAUGGGUUAGGUCGAGGUCGAUAUUGUCGAAGUUGACGUUUCAGGGGUAUGAAGUGAGCCUGUGAAGGAACUCUCGAGGGGUUUGGGCAAUAUUACCAGAAGAGAGGCUAUCGACGUGAAAAUGUUUCGUAUCGAGCCUGACAUGGGACAUCCUCAUACCAGACGUGUCUUGGCGUUUACGAGCCAAACGUUGCUCGAUCUCUCCACGAUGUACGGUCGUGCAACUGGAACGAUCUCCAGACCGGCCAGACUAGUCAUGUUCCAAUACGACUGUGUGCUUUGCCUACAUUUCGAAGUCGAGAUCGCUUCGAGCGGCACUGCGGGAGACCAGCCAAUAUAGACUCGAUCAUAUACGGCACAUUCAAGUUAUAUGGUCCGUGAAUACUAUCAAUAUGAGAUUGGCGUUUCAUAUUAGGUGUAUAUGAGGUGUAUAUUUUUGCCGAAUUUUCAUAUUAGUCUCAUACAGG